AUGCUUUUACUCUGGCCCCUGUUGCUGCUUAUCAAUAUUGUGCUAGCAGACGUUUCUGUUAUUUCACCAAAGAAAGGCCAAACGUUUACUCCCAAUGAUGGUAAAGUUACCAUACCUGUGGAAUGGGAGGAUAACGGUGCACCCCCAGAGAUGAAUCAGAUUGUAUGGUAUUCAAUAACGUUGAAUAAUGGUCCUAACGGCCAGAUUAAUAGAAUUGAAUAUUUAAAGAAAAAUAUGAAGGCAAGCGAUGUUCAAGAGUCAAAUGGAACUUAUUCGGUUACUGUGGAGAUUGACGCAGACGAUUGUGGUAACGGACAGUAUUUUCUCCAAAUUUAUGCCGCUAUAACGGAAGAUGCCAGUGAAAAUACAAUUAACUAUAGUCCAAGAUUCAACCUUAAAAACAUGUUGGGUUCACCAGUUUCUUAUUCCGAUUCUACUCAACCAGCUCCUUUAACAGAUUAUACAACCUAUGUUGCUUACACAAAGCAAACAGGUGUCACUAGAACUGCCCCCAUGCAAACGCAACCGGGUUCAACAGUUACAGCAACUUCAUGGUCAAUGAAAUUCCCAACUAGUGCUGUCUCUUAUUUCCCCACACUCAGUCCAACUCCUCACUGGAAGACUACUUUGACACCGGGGUGGAAUUACACUAUGACAAGUGCGUGGAAUUACGCCACACCAAGACCACUACCAAGUGAGAAUGGUGGUUGGUACAACCCAAAGAAAAGACAGAGUCUUUCAACCAGAAAGAUGAAUUUGAAAAGUCUAUUAUCUCAAUCAAUUUCCAAAUAA